AUGUCAAACAUAACAAGAUGGUCUCUGAGCGACGACUUUUCUACUAUACAUAAUCCCAAUACAGUAUGGUCUUACGGUUCCAAGCCCGCAGGUUAUCAAGUCUCAGGAGCCUUUAGUUUGUUCACACACUUAGAUCCUGAUCCAAAAUCCAGUGGAAUAGUCGCAUGGUUUGCAGUCGACAACUUUUGGCAAUUAUUUCAUUAUUUGGGUGUAUAUUUUAAUCCUAAUCAACAAACUAUUACUUUAAGCGAUAAAAGUGCUAAUAAUAGUUUUGGUGAUGGUAUUACAGAAUUUGCCCCUAAUAGUGUUGGAAUGGCUCCCGGCACUGAUGGUAGAUUUGCUGUAACGAGAUUUAUUGCACCAAUAGAAGGGAAUUAUACUUUAAAUGUAUCAUUUUCACAUACAACGAAUACUUAUAAUACCUCAAGUAUAUCACAAACAGGUGGUUAUAUAGUACAUAAUGAUAGAGUUACACUUUGGGAAACUGCUAUAAAUGGUAUAGGAGAUUCAAAGACAUUUAUUUCUCCUUGGUAUGGCGUCCAUAUCAGAGAAAAUGAUACUAUUGAUUUCAUUGUAGGCAUUGGCCAAGAUAAUUCUAUUGAGUUCGAACUGACUAUGGUCGGUGUUGAAAUUAAAUUAUUACCUGAAACUAAUACCUCAACGACGACCAUUACGGAAACUCCAAAGAAUCAAACUAACACGAAUCAUAAUGUUUUUGUGAUUGCCAUAUUACUUGGAGCUAUAUUAGGUCUCAUUAUUUGCACAAUUGUAGCAUAUCUCAGUUAUCGAUUUUUUAAAAAGCGAAAAAUUGUAACAUAUG